AUGAAAAGACGCGCCAAUAAGAAAUCCACAUCUUCUUCCUCGAAGAAAACCAAACUCGAAGUGGCAACAGAAAAUGAUUCUAACACCACCACAAAUAUUGUAGUGUCGACAGAAAGCGCUCCGAAUAGCAAAGAAGAAAAUCAAAUGGUUGAUGAUUUUAAUCCUGAUUUGUAUUGUGUAGAAGAAUUAAUUCAAGAAUUUGAUCGGGUAGAUUCGGAAAUUGUUGAAUUGGAGAGGAGAAGACAGGAAGUGUUGAGAAUAUUGAAGAAACAUCCAUCUACUCGAAUUAAAUAUUCAACUGUGAAUAGAUGGGAAAAAACCAAGGAAAUGAUUGCUGGAUCACAAUUUCAUAAUGUGAGUGCUGAUUGUUUGGGAAUUAUCUUGUCUUUUAUUUAUGGAAAGGAACUGUUGGAUGUUGAAUUGGUCAAGAAGAUUAGUUCUCUUUCCACUAAUUUCAAUAAGGGUCUCUUGCACUAUACACCAUUCGUUCUGACCUUGAAUAGGGAAAUUAAAAGUUUUAAAGAGGAUGCCAUUCCAGAAUUUAAUAGUUUGUACGGUAUUGAAUUCGCUCCAUAUUCAGAGAAUUUAAAAAUUGUCGAAUUGCUAAUGAAGAAAGCAAACUAUUCCAUCGAGUAUUUGUCUGUUCGGUGCGAUAUCACCAAUACUGUGUUUCCAACAUUUUCCAAACAAGUUCAAGAAUCUGUUCAAGUAUUGAAAUAUAUUGAGAGCCACAACCAAACUCGAGGAAAACUCGAUUUAUCUUCAUUCUCCUCACUCAAAGAUGUGUACAUUGCCAAAUUGAGAUCAGCUGCAGCUGUAAUUACCUUCCCUUCGAAUACUCUUUCCAGACUUUCAUUUUCUUUCCCCCAUUGUGGAAGUGAUCUUAAGAUUAGUCAAUUAUUUGGUGUAUCAGAACACUUGACUCUAUGUUUACCAAACUGUGCCAAAGCUGCAAAUAAUAUUUCAGAUUCGAAUGCUAAGGAGCAUUUCGCCAGUUCAACACAAUCCAAAACCAAAACCUUUACAUUUAUUCGAUUCAAGAGCAAUUCCAAGAAACCAGAUCUAAUGGAACGUCUCACUACUGAAACGACAUUUUACAGUAGAAAUGUGAGGGGAGAUGCUGAGUCACAAGAUAAACACUCUACAACCUCAACAAUUUCAGAUAUCACAAACAAAUUAGAGAAGGAAUUUAACAUUCCUUUAGAAGUUGUUACUGGCAUUAAAUCGACAACACUCUUGAGUGACCGAUAUAUUGAAAAAUUCACUCGGGCAAUAUUAGAAUAA